GUUGGCGGGGCGAAGGCCGAGCAAGAGCGGUGGGCGAGCGCUGCGGCGGCGUCAUGUCCUCUGAGGUGGCCGCCCGCCGCGACGCCAAGAAACUGGUGCGCUCGCCCAGCGGCCUGCGCAUGGUGCCGGAACAUCGCGCCUUCGGCAGCCCGUUCGGCCUGGAGGAGCCGCCGUGGGUCCCGGACAAGGAGUGCCCGAGAUGUAUGCAGUGCGACACCAAGUUUGACUUUCUCACCAGAAAGCACCACUGCCGCCGCUGCGGGAAGUGCUUCUGCGACAAGUGCUGCGGCCAGAAGGUGGCGCUGCCGCGCAUGUGCUUCGUGGACCCCGUGCGGCAGUGCCUCGCCUGCGCCCUGGUGUCCCGCAAGGAGGCCGAGUUCUUCGACAAGCAGCUGGGCGUGCUGCAGAGCGGAGCCACCUUCCUUGUGACUUUGGGAAGCUCGGAGGAACCCGAAACCAUGCUUUGCCGCCUGUCCAGCAACCAGAGGCUCCUGCUCCUGGACGGAGACAGCCACCACGAGAUUGAAAUCGCACGCAUCUCGACCGUGCAGAUCCUCGCGGGAGGCUCCACGCUGGCAGAGAAAGACACUCACACUUACACCAGCCUCCUGGGGAGCCGGCCCACCUCUGAAGGAGGCAGCGCGCGGGCCACAGGCAUGUCCCUGCAGUACUCGGCACCAGGGUCAGAGGGCGCGACCCAGCUGAAGCUGACCGCAGGGGAAGACGCGAACUCCAGCAGGAGGCAGGCCAUGGUGUGGCUGGCGGCCAUGCACAAGGCCGCCAAGCUCCUCUACGAAUCUCGGGACCAGUGACUGCUCGCAGCGGCCGCCUGCUUGGAACAGCGGAGCCAGCGCACUGUGCGCCCCGAUGCCCCGCGUGCUGGGAGGGCAGCGUGAGACUUUGGAAAAACAGACGUGUUCGCUCACCUAGUGCAAUACGUCCACCGUUUAUUAACACUGCAAACAGCUUCCCGCUUUAGAACCUGUCUUGUCUUGCUGACACUUAACUGGGGUAGGACAGACCCAGCUACACUACUGCUGAACUGUUUUUAGCAUAACCUACACCACGUUUUUAUGAGCGCCAGGUUCACUAGCAGGUUCCCCUCCCCCCCUUCCAUUAACCUGCGGGGCGACCUGGGGAGCGGGCCCACGGCCGCCCGCCCGCACACUCGCCCCCACAGCACGAGUUGGGGGCGCGGACAGACCUUUGAUACUUCACUACAGGGAGCAGCCGCUUUGUGUUUUGUACUUUUUACUUACUAUUUCACUUUAUUAAAAUAAUUGUACGACAAUUUGUAUAUAAA